AUGUCAGACGCUGCCUGCAUAGGCCGGCCUUUCACGGAAUAUCCAGACAAAGGCUGCAAUGGAUGGAAAGAUGUCACGCAGGCGGAGUGUCAGCAGAAGUGUGCUGACCAUUGGGCCCCAGACAAAUGUGUCUCGGAGAACUGCCACGCUGCGGUCUACUACCCUGCAAGCGGUCUCUGCCAUCUCUACCAGGCCGUCGAGUGCGUGGACCUGAUCCACACGCAGGGUGGGAUCACCAUGCUGGACGAGUUCGAGAUCCAGAAGUAUCGGAAGGAUGAAGAGGAGGAGUCCGCAGUUGAAGAGGCGGAAGAUGCAGCAGAGCGAGCCCAUCCCAACCCGUGGAAGGAGAUGGGCACUGCGCUGCCCGCCGUUAUGGUGAACCUCUCGAACUACUCGGGCUGUGUCAGUGACAAGAACCGGCUGGCGAACAUCAGCCACAAGUUCGGCGAGAUCGAUUCAGAUCUGGAGAUGCUGUAUGACAAAGUGAAGGGGUUCUACUCAGUGUUGCACGAGCGGAUGAAUGCCUCGGACGGCUUGAAGUUUUGCCCUUUCCGGUCGGAGCGCUCGAUCAAACGCUGCGUCUCCAUCGCGAUGUGCCUUCUGCAGUCUGCUGUUGGUACAGACAUUCCCAUGACAGCAUUUACGGCCAUGAUGGAGCAAGUUACCCGCUUCGACGACAUCACUUGGCCGCAGCUCAUGGCUCACUUGGGCCGAGAAGACCCGACUCACACGAAGGUCGGUGAGGCCGACAUGCCGCCAGAGUAUCAGUGUGAUGAUGUGGAGGUGGUGAAUCCGGCAGCAAACGUUCGCAAGGCGUCAGAGCUGCAGAUGGAGUCACACCAUGCACAAGGGUCUUCGACCGAAACGAUCUUGGCGAUGUCUGCCGCUUUUCGACAAGCUGCAGCUGACACACAUCGCAUCCUGGAUGCACAUGGAGCAAAUACCUCCAUGAAGCUCACGGCACAUUUCCUGCAACGCACCUGGCACCCGAUAUGCCAACAGUUGGGCUGCGAUGCGUCGAACAUGCACGAUGUCUUUGUGGCAUCGCACAAGCAGACCAUGGCGCUCUUGCAGACCAAUGCGGUGGCACACGUGCGUCAUGAAAUCCGGCAUCGUGUCAAGAUGGACCUGCGAGUGCAGCGCUUCAUUGCCGAGCAUGGGCAUCGAGGCGAGCUCUCCUUCUACCGACCGGCGCUCACUUCCUCGGAGGCUGCCGCACGCGUCUACGGAGAGAAGGGCCGAGAUGGUGUGCUUGGUGUGGUUCUGCCGACAGUGGAGGGCCUUGCCCAGCAUGACGAGAGCCGAGUCCUGCGGCUUUUUGACAUGGUAGAGUUCGAGAAGUUCCGUCGGCAGCUGGAGCUUGAGGAGGCGAUGGAUCCGGAGGAGGAGGAGGACCUUCGUAGUGAAAGCAUGGACAAUGUGGCGGCGGCUCUUGGCUCGCUUGAAGACGACGAGGAGCAAGAGCACCACGCGGAGCAGGAGGACGAGGACGAGGAGGACGAGGACGAGCGAGAACUCCAUGAGCAUGAAGAGGCCUCCGAAGAGGACGAGGAAGGUGAGAAGAUGCUUGCCACGCAGGCCACGCAGCACACCAAGGACAUCGGACCUUCGGAGAUGGCAUUAAUGGAGACCUCCGGUGAGCUUGGACUUGCUGAGGAUGAGCAGGGCGACAAGAGCUGGAGACGCAGACGCCGCAGACGCCGACGCCGCAGACGCCGCAGAAGGCGUUGGUUCCGACGACGCAGACGUCGCUGGUUCAGAAAGAUCUUCAAAGCGGUCGUGCAGGCCAUCGUGAAGUGGGCCAAGAAGGUCUUCGAGUGCUUCGGCCAGUACUCCAAAUGGGAUGCG